AUGACGAGCCCAUCGAGGGCUCUGUUGUUUUUGGUGUUGGAGGAAAAGCUCUCGUUUGCGGAGUUCAGACUGACUUUCUUGCGUGCCUGCGCGAGUGGGGAGCGGGCGGGGAAUAGCUUUCUUCCGGAGCCAGCCGACCCAGAGGGCUCAGCUCGGGGCCGGGGAGUUUGUGGUCCCCAGGACCUAGAGCGGGCAGUGGGCCGGGACAAGAAAGCCGCCAGCCCCGCCUAUCUUGGGAUCGCCUUCCAGGCCCCGCAGCCGUGCUCAGGGCCCUCGGACGUGAGUCACGGUGAGAGAGAGCGCCUGCCCUUACGCAGCUGCCCACAGCCCCUCCCGAGGAGUCCGUCUGCGUCCCGUUUCCAGUGUCCCCCUGCCCUGGAGGGGGCAUGGUGGCUCACUGUGAAGAAGGCUUCAGUAAAUACUGACGAGUGCUGGCAGGUAAGUUUCCGUGAUGGAAUCUAUCACCUGUUCAGACUGCACAUCGCGGGCACACAAUGGACUCGGGCUGGACGCGACACAGAGAGCGACACGGGCACCCGGAGAACACUGAGGCAGGGGGCGUCCAGGGGUCAGCAGCCGCGUGGUGCCCAGGACCGGCUCAGGCUGCUGCCCGGCCGCCCUGCGCCCCGCUCCUCUCAGCUCGCCCUCCGUCCCGUCACCUCCUCUCGGCUCGAGUCAGCCCAGGACCCCGGUCUGCCUCGGUAUGGCUGCCUGCGCCGUCAUCCGCCCCUCGGUCGCUUUAGAAAUGUGGCCGUAGAGAGCACCUCGUCAUCCAAGGGCCUCCUUUCCGGCCGCCGUCGAGGCCCCCCCGGGGAGGCAAGCGCGGCCCCUGCUCCCGGCGCCUCCCCAGCCCGGGUGGAGCCGGAUGACGGGGCCUCCGCAAGCUCUGGAUGGGUGGGUUCUGCGCCCAGCAUCUCCAGACAUGGGCGCCCAGCCGCCCCUCCCUCACGGAACUCCCACCCGGUGGAGCGAGCAACCGACCAGCACCCACUGGGCGAAGGGACCAGCACCACGGGGGCGGGGCCUCAGCGCCGAGGGGAGGGGCUCUGGGCGGGACCCACUGAGAAGCUCGCCCCGACCGGACCAGCCAUCGUGCAGGGGUUCGCCCCCUGGAGGGGCACCGCACCCAUGCGCGUGGGGCCCUGGCGCGUGGCCUGCCCAGUGGGCUCACCGCGAACCGCGUCUCAGCCCGAACGACGGCUUCCUUUACCUCAUGUGUGCUGAAGUGUGGGGUCCUAGGACCCGAGUGCCCGGCUAGCGAUGAUGUGGGGGAGGCACGGGGGCGGCCCCCGGGGCUGGGGUGACCCUGGCUCCUCCCUGAAGGGGCGGCGGGGCUGGGAGCCCCCUGCGGAGCCAGGCCCAGCCUUGUCUCCGGGGUCCUGAGUCCUGUGCAGGUGUGCGGGGCUCAGUGCUCCCCUUUACCACGUGCUCCCGCAGCGCUUCUGUCCCCGGAAGGACCCGGCCGAGGAGCUAGAGGUCCUGGCCCAGCAUCCGCGCCGGGGCCGAUGCUGGGGCGGAUGUGUCCUGGUGCUGGGACGCCAAGUCAGAGCCCCUGGUGGUGCGUUCCUCUGUCACGUCCACUUCUGGGGGUAUUUCAGGGUGAUGCCAUCAUUAAAGAGUAAGCCGUCGAGAAAAACCAGGGUGACGUCUAAGCUGUCUGGUAGCUUCUUCUUCACAGUCAUACAUCUUUCCCUCCAGACACAUGUGCAAGAAAUGAAUUUCAUGCCACUCACAGGAAUUCCAUGUGUGUUUGACUGGAUCUUCUAAGAUUUCUGGGUUCAAGAAUGAAGAAGCUUAGCUCUGGGAGAGCAGACAGGUUCCCGGGAAAGUGCAAGCUGGUUGGACGUGUAGAUGCUGCCAUGGGGCUGAGUGGGGUCGAGAGCCGUGUCUGGACCUGAAGGCCCAGGGCGCUAUCGCGUCCCUCGCAGCCUGUCCAGCUGGGGGGCAGGCGGGGGGUGGGCUGGGCCCUGUACUCACUGCUGCUGGGCCUGCCUGAGAGUAAGGGUGUGUGUGUGUGAGUGUGUGUGUGUGA